AAAGAGCAAGUCAUAUCAGGGAGAGGCAGUUUAAGACGUGUACGUGCAGACAGGAGCAUUUGAAGCCAUGCGUAUGUAGUGCAGUGACACACAGCAUCCAUGUUGGUUUGUCCUUUAAAUUUUGGAGUGUUUUUUAUUUUCUUUUAAGGCUUAUUGAGGAUUACAAGGCAGACACAUGGCACCAGACUCUGCCAAAACUGGGAAGGUGAAGAGCCAGCAGCAGAGAAGAUCACUGUGAGGAGGAUGAGAGACGCAAACGAGCAUCACUUUGAUGGGUGAUAAUGCGGGAUCACACGUCUGGUGCUAACGUGGAGGAGCUGCUGAGGCAGUCGCAGAUGGAGUUACAGUGGAUCCAGAGACAGCUGGCCAUGAUCGCUGCCAGAAACAUACACCAUCACCACCUGCACACCAAGGCCAAGUCUAAAUAUGAAGCUUCAUCCCAGCACGCCACGGGACUCUCCCUUCGAUUUCGAUUGCUAGAGGAGAGAAACCGAGCUCUGAAGCUUGAAGUCGCCACGCUUCGCCAAGAUAAGCAGCAGUGCAGGAAACUGAAAGCAAAGCUCCAUGCUGCCUUGCAGGAGAAAAAUCGUCUGAACCUUGAGCUGAUCAACCAACACCUGAAGACGUCCAAGUAUGACCAGGUGCGAUCAGACUAUGACCAGCUGAGACAGACCUUUGCUGUAGUGAGCCAGGAGAGAGACGUGGCCCAGCAGCAGAGGAGCCAACUCCAAAGCAAAGUAGAGAACCUGGAACAGGUUCUAAAGCAUAUGCACGAGGCUGUAGAGCUGAAGCAGCAGCUGCAGAUAGAGCAUGAGCAAGCCUUGGUGGCCCUUCACACCAAGCAGAAGGAGAUCAAUCAACUGCAAAAGGUCAAGGUUCGUGACCUGGAGCAGAAAUGCAGGUCACAGAGUGAACACUUCCACCAGCUGUCCAACGAGCUGCUGAAUUUCCGUCUGCAACCAGAUACUGUGGACAUCCUUAAAAUUAGUCCCACUUCUGCAUCCCAGACCCCGCUCUCAUCAGAGAAGAAACUCUCACAAGUCAUUGUUGGAUUUGAGGACCAGACAGAGACAGGCGAUGAGAGCGCGGCAAACACGCCGCUACUGAUCUCCCAGUUCUUGCCCUGCACACCACAGACUGGAGACAGAGAAAGACCAGAACUGCUGUCUGUCAAAUCCAGCACUGUGACAACGGACCGCCCAAACAGCCCUCGACAGCGGACCCCCUCAGAGAUGGAGGAUGAGGCCAGCCCAUCACCCAGGUCCAAGCCUCGCUACACAGGCCAGGUCCGCCUUUGCACUGCCCGAUACAGUUACAACCCUUACGAUGGACCAAACGAGCACCCUGAAGCAGAGCUCCCCCUCGUGGCCGGAAAGUAUCUGUACGUGUAUGGAAACAUGGAUGACGACGGCUUCUAUGAAGGGGAGCUGCUGGACGGCCAGCGAGGACUUGUUCCUUCCAACUUUGUGGAAUUUGUCCAGGACAAGGAAAAACUAGCGAUUCAGUCUGGGGAGGGCGGGGAAGACCUGGGCCCACUGGACCAUAUGCCUCUGGCCUUGACAGCUGUGGAUGGAGGUGCCUCCCAGGACAGCCUCCUGGGCUCAUGUAACGCCUUGGUUCCCUGUAGCAAUGGGACAGGAGGGCCCCUGGACCCUGAGGACCUGGCUGAAGAUGUCGUGCCUUAUCCCCGAAAGAUCAACUUGAUCAAGCAGCUGGCACGGAGCGUCAUCGUGGCCUGGGAGCCUCCACUAGUGCCUUUGGGCUGGGGGAACAUCUCUGGCUACAACGUGUUAAUAGACGGGGAGCUCCGUGCCAGCAUAGCGUACGGCGGCCGGACCAAGUGCUUGCUGGAGAAGCUGGACCUAGACGGCUGCGUGCACCGUGUGUCAGUGCAGAGCGUCACCGACCGGGGCUUGUCAGACGAGCUGCGCUGCACCUUGCUGGUGGGGGCCAACGUCGUGGUGGCGCCCUGCGGCCUCCGGGUGGACGACAUCCAGCGCGACACUGCCGAGCUCUCCUGGUUGCCUAGCAACAGUAACUAUGGCCACACUGUGUUCUUGGACGGGGCAGAGCACGCAGUGGUGAAGCCGGGAAGGUAUAGACUGCGCUUCAUCAACCUGAAGCCCCUGACGGUGUACAAAGUGACAGUGGUGGCACAGCCGCACCAGGUGCCAUGGCAACUGCCGCUGGAGCAGAGGGAGAGGAAGGAAGCCGGUGUGGAGUUCUGCACGCAGGCUGCAGGCCCUCCUCAGCCUCCCCAGGAUGUACAGGUGCUCUGUGGGCAGGCUCCAGGGGUGCUUCAGGUCCGCUGGAAGCCCCCCCUCCUCUCUCCAACAGGCACAUCUAAUGGGGCAAAUGUCGUUGGCUACGCAGUCUGCACGAAAGGACAGAGGAUAGCGGAGGUGUUGUACCCAAUGGCAGACUACGUUACUGUUGAGCUGACAAGGAUUCAGUGCCUGGAGGCCAGGGAAGUCAUCGUCCGGACGCUGUCAGUACAGGGAGAAUCCCAGGACUCCCAAGUCGCCGUCAUUCCAAACAACCUCCUCGUGCCUCUACCUGCACUUCCCCUGCCGCCGCCGAUGCACCCCCACGCAGGCCCCCCUCCACACCCCCACGCUCAACCCCACCUCCAAUCCCCUCACCUUCCUCACGCCACACCCCAGCUCCCCGCUCCACCCCAGGCACUCGGACAACCGCUCCCACCCCAUCCUCCUCAUCCUCAACCCCACCCUAGACUCCCUCACCCGGGCGGACCCCCGCAACCCCAGCUUCGACCCCCACACCCUCAGCCCCAGCAUCUACACCUUCAGCCUCACCCUCCCCACCAAGGUCCCAGGCCCCAGCACCAACUGCCUCUGCUCCCCCACCCCCAGCACCACCCUAUACCUCAGAGACCAGUAUGUGCCAGAGACCUGGAUGCCAAAGAGCACGCAGCCCAACACGGGGGAGCCAUUCCACCCGGCCAGCCUGGCUGGGACCCCACACGCUCUCCCUCCUCCCAGCCUCCUGUGCCCAUGCAAGGCCACACUCUCGAGGCCCCUCCCCUUCCCAAUCCACGCUCCCCAUCCCCACAGAGGAUUCUCCCGCAGCCCCGAGGCACGCUCAUCCCGGACACCGUGGCCAAAGCCAUCGCCCGAGAAGCAGCGCAGAGGGUGGCAGCAGAAAGCGGCAAGGGGGAUCGGAGGCAGGGCAGAUACGGAGAGCAGGGUCGUUCAUUUCACCAGCAUCACUCUGAUGAGGAGGAAGAAGAUGAAGAAGGGUUUGCGCGCGGCCGUCGGAGAGGACCCUCAGUCGACGAGUUCCUCAGAGGCUCUGAGCUGGGGCGGCCGCCUCACUAUAGUCACAAUGAAGAUUAUCACAGCGAGAGCAGCCGGGGCUCUGACCUGUCUGACAUCAUGGAAGAGGAUGAGGAGGAGCUGUACUCUGAGAUGCAGCUGGAAGAGGGACGUCGACGCAACUCGCACAACACACCCAAGAGCAACACUCCAGCUGGAGGCCGUCAUGACCGGGAGACUGGGAGAAGAAUUCAUCAUGGCGGUCCCCAGCCUCAGAGACGACCUCUGAUGGUCCCCUCUAUUGAGGUAACCUCUGAGAAUAACUGUGAGGGAAACCCCGUCACCGAGGAUGUUUACUAUGGCAGAGUAGCUCGGCACAAGACGUGGCCUUCCCGCAGGCACAUGGGCGGCACCAGGUCUCCCCAUGAUGGCUACAGGGACCGGGAUCGCCGCUCUCCCACGUACUACGACGAGUCAGAGCCUGAAGAGUCCUUCCGGAUCUUUGUGGCCCUCUUUGACUACGACCCUCUGUCAAUGUCCCCCAACCCAGACGCAGCUGACGAGGAGCUGCCCUUCAAAGAGGGGCAGAUCAUUAGGGUGUAUGGUGAUAAAGAUACAGAUGGGUUUUACAGAGGAGAGGUGAGGGGCAGGAUGGGGCUGAUCCCCUGCAACAUGGUGUCAGAGAUCCAAGCGGGGGACGAAGAGACCAUGGACCAGCUCAUUAAACAGGGCUUCUUGCCACUCAGCACCCCUGUGGACAGAAUAGAGCAGAACAGAAGAGGCCUCCGUCGAGACCAGGCCUCGAGGAGGAUGGUGGCUCUGUACGACUACGACCCCCGAGAGAGCUCCCCUAAUGUUGAUGUCGAGGCUGAGCUGACCUUCUGUGCUGGUGACAUCAUGGCUGUGUUUGGAGAUAUUGAUGAAGACGGAUUCUAUUAUGGUGAAAUCAACGGCCACCGCGGUCUGGUUCCCUCUAACUUCCUGGAAGAAGUGCCUGAUGACGUGGAGGUGUAUCUGACCGAUACUCCGUCCCACUACCCCCAGGAAGAGCCUGCCAACCGGCCCCCUGCUAACUCUGCCACAACCGUCUCAGAGGGCAAACGGGUUACCACAGAAACCACAGACACGGUCGACAGCGACGCCGCACCCAUUCGGGCGCCGUCCCCGAUCGUUCGGCCCCUCCUCCCGGGCACCAUGAGACCCCUCAGCCCUACAAGGGGCCCCCACCUCCCAGUGGAGCCUCGGGACCCCCGGGACCAAGAUCUGGCCAACAAGAAGAAGAAGGGACUACUUUCCAAGGGGAAGAAGCUGCUGAAGAGACUCUCCCCCGUGAAGUAAAAGAAAAAGCAUACAUGUACAAUACGUGCACAUGCCGGGCUCUGUAUAUUGCAUCCAUACAAUCAACUCUGAUCCAACAACACAUGACAGAGAGGAUGUGAGCUUUGCCUCCUGGACUGCGUGAGCCUAUUUUACUAUAACCAGUCAUACAGUUAUUCAUGUGCAGUGAUGGAUACAAAUCAGCUAAAUUAUGUACAGUGCAGUGCCAAAACCGAGAGAGACAGAGAGAGGUCACCUGCAGACACAAAAUCAUAUUACUGUGAUGUAUUUUAAAUCAACGGAUGACUAAAAAAAAACAACAAAAAAAAAAACUAGGAUUUUCAUGACAUGUGUUUUCUCUUCUUUUUCAUUAACGAAGAAACGAUUCAUUUGUUUCAAGCAGGGUAGCUGUGGAAACAAAGCAUCUGGUUACACCUAAGUUUCUAACUAGCUUUUUUCUCAGCCAAAAAAUAAAUAAAAAAUUGUGGAGUACUGAUGUCACCACAAGGAAACAGAGACCAUACUCCUCUAAGAAGAUCUCAAAUAGACUACACUGUUAUCGAGGCAUUCUGUGAAGUAAUGCUGGCUGCUAACACAAAGGCUUUAUUCAGUGCAAUAUCAUAGAGAGGCGGUAGCAUACGCGGGAAGAAAAGAAACGUUUCCACUUGUACCUGUGAUCUCAGCAGAGUGGAGUUUUUCUGUGAUGAAAGGAUUUUAAAAAACAACAGCAGAUUGGCAACAGGGCAUUAAUGUCAGAGACACCGAGCGAGCUUAGCUGUCUCAGUGGCCUUUAUGAAAACAACACAAGCGUGACAUUCCUCGUUUGAUUACAAGCUUGAUUUACACCAGGUUUUUUUUUUCUGUUCUAUGACGGGUCGCUUGUGCUUUGUCAUUUUCUGAAAAUGAAAUAAGAGCCGAAAUGUUUGUUGUCCUUGCUGUCAAACUGUCAUGAAACGCCUAGUUCAAGACAAAGUUUUGUGUCUGUCUUCCUAUUGCACAAAGGUGGGUGUUUUGAUUGGUGAAAGACAUGUUUUGUGUGCCUGUGUGUGUAUGGGCAGUAUGUGACGCAUUCAUGAUUGCACCUUUCAUGUUUCUUGUUCACUUAUGCUUUGUUUUGUUUUUCUGAAGGAGAGGCCAUGUUGUUAUUGGUCGUGUGAUUUAGUGACGUGCUGCUACCUCCAUCGCCUGUGCACUGUUCAGUUCUGUCGUCCCACGCUGAUAUAGAGGGCCACGUCGAAGCCUCGUAGAAAUUACAAAUCAGAAUAUUCAAGGUGUGCAUUAUUCACUGGUUCUGUUUCAUCUACCUGAGGUCUGUGGAGAGAAAUGCUCGUUUACUCAACGUUUCGUAUCUGGUCACAUUUAUGCUCUACAUAACUUGUACUUGCGGUACACAAGGACUAUAUCAUACCAAGUCAACAUGUUACACAGCUUCUACACAUCUCAAAGGGGAUCUGAUACAAAACAGAUUUUAACUUUAUCCCUGUGAUCUUGGAUAAUAUAACAAUUUAUGAAAUAAGCACAUGAACUCAAAGAGUCUGGAAACAAUUAUUGGUAAUUCCAAUAUUCUGUUGUUGCUCCAUUUAGUUUGUUGACUCACUGAUUGUUUCGUAUAUUUAAUCAAGUCUUCUAAAACAAACAAACCUAUUUGCAUAAUGCCACUAAAAGAUUUGCACCAGAAAAUGUAAUCAGAUCAGUGGAAACUACUCAAUAUCCUGCAGGCUGCCACACUGACUGUGUGUGAAUUCAUUUUCUCAGUCAUUGUCAGAGUAAAAAAAACUCUUGUGCACAAGACGGAUCAGUGAGUGAAUCAGUGAGAAAAUACAAAUGAGUCUGAAUUAAAGGUCCAGUGUGUAGGAUUUAGGGGGAUAUAUUUGCAGAAAUUGAAUAUGACAUUUCUUUAGUGUAUAAUCACCUGAAAAUAAGAAUCAUUGUGUUUUCAUUACCUUAGAAUGAGCCAUUUCUAUCUACAUAGGGAGUGGGUCCUCAUCUCCGGAGAUAGCCAUGUUGCACCACCAUGCUUCUACAGUAGCUCAGAACGCACAAACCAAACACUGGCACUAGAUAGGGCCUUUCGUGUUUUCCCAUUUUGCAUCAGCAAUUGAAGUUAGCAGCCCCUCCACAGUGAGAGCACUGGAACUGAUUGUUUUAAAGUGAAACUGCUUUAUUCAGAAUUUUUAGUGGUUUAAAUCACCAGGUCUCAGCGGAUAAUUCGGCUCUUGGUUAAAAUCUCCUGAAAGUCUGGAUCUUAAGUUAUCAUAGAAAAAGAUCAUAGAAAAAAUUAUUUGUAACGUGAAACUGCUUUAUUCGUUGUCCUUACCUGUGUAAAUCACCAGGGGUCUCAUUUAUAAAACAAUACGUAGGAUCCAUACUAAAAAUGUAUGUAAAAAAACAAAAUCAAAAAAUGGUGGGCGGCGAAAAAUUUUCCCAUCUCCAAAAUGUUCACAGGCAUGGGUCAAAGUUUCUCCUGUUAAGUCUGUAUUGACAGAUAACAACUUUUCGCAUAGGAGGUAGUGUACAUCUCUUUCAGGCCUCAUUUUGUUCAACAUAAUGUUUAUGAAUGAGACCCCAGGUCUGUUUGUUUCGGUGAGGAAGAGACCUCUGCGGAUAAUUUGGCUCACUAUGAAAACCUCUUAAAUAUUUGUAUCUUAAGAUCUUAGAUGCUGAGUGAGCUGCCUAUCUGCGACAUGCCAAACAGCAUGGGGGAAACACUGAUUUGUAAUGUGAAACUGCUUUAUUCAUUGUCCUUACAUGUGUAAAUUACCAGGACUGUUUGUUUUAGAGAGGAAGAGACGUCUGUGGAUAAUUCGGCUCACAAUGAAAACCUCUUAAAGAUUUGAUUCUUAAGUUAUCAUAGAAAAAGGUAAGCACACAUUAGGCAAGGCAAGUUUAUUUGUAGAGCACAAUUCAUACACAAAGCAAUUCAAAGUGCUUUACAGAACAAGAAAAUGCAUUAAAAUCACAAUACAAAAUAAAAACAUAAAUAAUCAUUAUAAAAUGAACUUUAAAAGAGAAGAGUGCAGAUAAGAUCCUUUCAGUCAUAUGCACAGUGAAAUAGAGCUGUUUUGAGCCUAGAUUUGAACAUUGUCAGAGUAGAGGCCUGUCUCACAUCUUCAGAAAGACUGUUCCAGAUUUUAGCUGCAUAAAACUGGAAUCCUGAUUCCCCAUGUUUAGUCCUGACUCUGGGCACCAGCAGGAGGCCGGUCCUUAGCAGGUGCUGCGUUAGCUGCAUGUCUGCUACAUGCCAAACAGCAUAGGAGAAACACUGAUUUGUAACAUGAAACUGUUUUAUUCAGUGUUGUUCCUGGUUUUAAUCACCUGUUUCAAUUAUUUUUGGAGAGGAAGAGACCUCUGUGGAUAAUUCAGCUCUCAGUAAAAACCUCCUGAACAAUGAACACUGAAGGAAUCCUAACCGGGAGAAGUUUCAGCUGGUUGUAAUUUGUAAUCCUCACCACUAGAUGCCACUAAAUCCCCCUAAAUCUUACACACUGCCCCUUUCAGUCAUAAACUUUAUCUUACAUUCAGCAUACGUUUUCAGCUUCCACUUAUUCUUCUGUGGCCAGACAAUUUCAAAUACAGCCUUUGAAAAGUUUACAGUGGAAAUCAAAUUCUAAAUGGAGGCACUAAAAUGUGAAAAGAAACCACUGACAAAGAUUAACGUGCUUCAAAGACAUUCAAACUGCACCGCUAACCUUCAGUGUCACUGAUCACAUUAUGUGAUGCCCCAAACACAACUCAACUCUGUCCAGCCUCAGUUUUUCCAAGAGAUAGUCAUUGUGUGUUUUACUUCUACAAGAUUAUAGAUUAAUACACUGGAGUUUCAUAUUUUGAAAGCUACACUAACUGGGAUUAGUACGAGGAAUAAACAUUUUGUGUGCUGUGGAGGUCAAGAACUCACUUACUAACUGGAGAGACAGUAUGUCUCAGAGCUUUAAUAAGUUAAAAACUUCUACUCUCUCUGUUUUAAAUAUCCCUUCUAUCCUAUUUAUCUACGGUCGUUCCUCAUGUCAAGCUGCACUUGAGGGUUCACUGUCCUCAUUGUUUAUUGAUAUCAUUGAUUAAAUGCAGUGAUAAAAGAGGGUUUGCCAAAAUGGAAUGUAAGAAAAGUUUGGCUGGCAAUAGGUUUACACGAUUUUUGUUCCAAAGCUGUUUCUGUAUAGUUUCUCACAUACAAAGUCACAAAGUUGAAUUCACUGUCACAACAUGGUGUCCCAAUACCAAAUCAUUCACUUGUGAAUGGGUGUAUUGUCUCAAAAACACUGUAGCUCUUUUGUACUCUGAUCCAUUUGUAGAUGAUUUAUAAAUGUUUCUACUUGAUUUUACGACAGCCUUUUUGUUAGUGCACUGAGAUUCCCUCUCCCUGUUAACAGACUGCGAGCAUUCUCCAUAGUGUCCUUUGAGAUCAGAUGUAUCAGUCCACCGUAUGUGCUUGCUUUGUGAAUCAAAGGUUUAAAAAAAAGACAAAAAAAGAAAAAGAGAAAAAAUCAUUGGACAGUAUUUAUGGUGAUUACUUAUG